UCGACCUACCUACCCACCGCGGCGCUACCACACGCCCCUCUCCCCCCUCCCCUGAUAUCAAUCAAUUCCGCUCCUUCCCCUUGGAUCCACCCACCCAUCCAUCCCCAAACCCUUCCCAUCACUCUCGCUUGACUCCAGGUCCAGGAGCAAGAGGAGAGAGCGACCAUGUCGUCGUCCGGUGGCAAGGUGUUCACCCUCGAGGAGGUCGCCAAGCACACCUCCAAGGACGACUGCUGGCUAGUCAUCGGCGGCAAGGUGUACAAUGUGACCAAGUUUCUCGAUGACCACCCUGGAGGCGACGACGUCCUGCUGUCUUCAACAGCCAAGGACGCGACCGACGACUUCGAGGACGUGGGACACAGCACGACCGCCCGGGCGAUGAUGGACGAGUACUACGUCGGCGAGAUCGACGCGACCACGAUACCCACCAAGGUCAAGUACACGCCGCCCAAGCAACCGCACUACAACCAGGACAAGACCCCCGAGUUCGUCAUCAAGAUCCUCCAGUUCUUGGUCCCCCUCGCGAUACUGGGCCUGGCCGUCGCCGUACGGAUCUACACCAAGGCGGACUCUGUCUAGCACCGUCAUCUUAUACCAGUCAGUCAGUCAUUCGGAAGUGUCCAAGAGCUGAAUAAGUUUUAGUGGGGAUUUGCAUAUUUUGUACCAGCGUCGCCGUCCUGUCAUGGAAUCUGGGAACUGCUCUCGACCCGUCGUUGCGUUAUGGUUCUACUAAGACGUCCGCUGUUGAAUCGUGACUCGGGAAAAACGGAUAGAUACUUGGCUAUAUUUUCCAUAUCGCUGGUGAAUGUUCAGACAUACAUAUUCUUAAUUUGAUGUGAUUAGUUGUGUA